GUCGCGGGAAGUCGUUUGCCACGAGCGUGAGGCAGACGGUGCUGGUUGACUCAUGCGGACGCUCAUGUAAACACUGCGAUGCUUUUAUUGCUCUAAGACUUGUUUUCCUGCCGUCUUUUUGCGACCAGAACUCCUCCAAACCCGGUUUUGGACGAACAAACUGACUUGAAAGCUAGUUGAGAGUACGUGAGAGUAAGUGGAGGAUCGAACGUUGAAAAUGUCGAGCCUCCGGCGCCAGCGACAUGGAUUUAUAUCACCGAGGACUCGCCCUAUUCGACAGAAGUUGCAAUUCACGUCGAGUGAUGGUGAGGAGGAACCUAUCGAGGACAUCAACAACAGCACUGGAGGAGAGUCUGGGUUUACAGAAAUGGAUUCCCCGAUUCCCGAGCGGCGACUUGGCGGCGAAAAACGGCUGAACUGCGACAGCAACCUCCUGAAUGAGUCUGCCGUUGACGAGGACGUGGAGCUCUGGGACGAUGAGUCUUUCUGCACCCCGACUCGUUUUCGAUCCCCGAGUACUGCCCUGUUCUCGAACUGCUCACCCAAGAAGUCUCCACGGUUUUACUGCGGAUCGACAGAGCCCUCGUUCACACAGGUGGACGGGGAGGAACCCAGCUCCCCAAUCCCUGAGUGCCCAGACACACCACCGCAUAAAACCUUCAGAAAACUCAGACUCUUCGACACACCACACACUCCAAAGAGUUUGCUGUCCAGAGCAAGGGCUUCUGCCUCCUCAAAUAGAAGAAUUGGCCUGUUCAAGAAUUCAGAGACUCGAGCCAGUUCAAUCACAGACAGCAACAGCAGCGGCAGGAGACAGCAGACACCGCUGGUCAACUUUAACCCCUUCACACCAGACUCCAUCCUGAUUCAGUCAGCCACACAGCAGACCAACACCAGGAAAAGAGCACUUUGGAACGACUCUUGCGGAGAAGAUAUGGAGGGCAGUGACGGGGAUGAUGACAUCUUGCCCCCAUCAAAGAGAAUCACCAUGAUGGAAAACAACAUGAUGUCCCGGUACACAUCAGAGUUCCUUGAGCUGGAGAAGAUCGGCAGCGGAGAAUUUGGUGCCGUGUUCAAGUGUGUAAAGAGGCUUGAUGGCUGCAUCUACGCCAUCAAGAGGUCAAAGAAACCUCUGGCCGGAUCAAUUGAUGAACAAAACGCCCUGCGUGAGGUUUAUGCCCAUGCUGUGUUGGGCCAGCACCCACAUGUGGUGCGGUAUUACUCUGCCUGGGCAGAGGAUGACCACAUGCUUAUCCAAAAUGAGUACUGUAAUGGUGGCACUUUGUCGGACGUGAUCGCAGAAAAUUACCGCCGCCUGUGCUACCUGUCCGAGCUGGAAUUGAAGGACUUGCUGCUUCAGGUCGCACGGGGCCUCAAGUACAUCCACUCAACCUCUCUGGUACACAUGGACAUCAAGCCAAGCAACAUCUUCAUUUCCCAAAAAUCUGCUGCCAGCAGUGACAAUUGUGACUAUGAGGACGAUGUGAUCACCAGCGUUGUGUACAAGAUAGGGGAUCUUGGUCAUGUAACUGGAGUAAACAACUCACAGGUGGAAGAGGGUGACAGCAGGUUUUUGGCCAAUGAAAUCUUACAAGAGGACUACAGCAACCUAAUGAAGGCCGACAUCUUUGCUUUGGGUCUCACUGUUGUCAGUGCCUCGGGCAUAGAGCCCCUUCCUGCAAAUGGCGAAAAGUGGCAUGAAAUCAGAAGGGGGAAGCUUCCAACCAUCCCACAGCUGCUCUCACUAGAGUUCCGUAGUCUUCUCAAGCUUAUGAUCCAUCCAGACUCAACCCGGCGACCUUCGACGUUUGACCUGGUCAAGCAUCCGGUCCUUUUAACAGCAGCCAGGAUGAGUGCCGACCAGCUCAGAGUUGAGCUGAAUGCUGAGAAGUUUAAGAAUGCUCUGCUGCAGAAGGAGCUGAAAAAGGCCCAAAUGGCCAGAGCUGCAGCAGAAGAAAAGGUUUUGACCACCGACAGAAUCUUGACUCGCUCCACUGUCCAGUCCGUCCCCAGAACCUCCAGAGUGGUAGGCAAGAAGAUGAAUCGCUCCGUUAGCCUCACCAUCUUCUGAGACUGUGAACGCCUUAACGGGACAUCUAGCUCAUAAGCUCAUGGACCUUCGAAUCAGCCUUAAAACGUUCUCAUAUUGGAGAGAUUAAUCAAUCUAUCGGCACUUCAAGAAACUCUUUUCAUCUCUACAGACUGACUGUUGUUGUAGCAAAACUAUUGAACAAAGACUUUAAUGCAAAUAUUGCAUGAACUACAAGGUAUAGCGGAUACCUUCUACACUGUCUUUUUUUUUUUCUUUUUUUUUUUUUUUUUUUGUUCUUCCUCCGUCGUUCAGCUUCAGAUGUUUCUCCAAGCCUGUUCUUGCACUUCAAACCAGCCAGAGUCUGGUUGGUGAAUAAAGAGUGAACCUCUCAUUGAUGUGGAGUUAAUUUGCAUGUAAAAUACUGUAUGUCAGACAAGUGUUCUUGAGAACAUUAACAUGCUACCACCAAAUUUAGUUUUUUAAAUGGUUGUUUGGACUAAGGUUGGGGCUUCUUUCACAACAUCAAGGCAGG